AUGGCCGACACACUGCCGAUCAAGAAGACGCCGUCUGACUUUCUAAAGGGAGUUUUAGGCCGUCCCGUGGACGUAAAGCUUAAUAAUGGCGUUCAAUACAAGGGUGUACUUGCAUGUUUGGAUGGGUUUAUGAAUAUUGCUAUGGAGCAGACACAGGAGUAUCAAAAUGGACAGCUUAAGGCCCAAUAUGGAGACUGCUUUAUUCGUGGCAAUAAUGUGUUGUAUAUUUCAGCACCGAAAUAG